CCUGCCCUGUGUGAAGGAAGAAAAGAAGGAGAGGAGAGAAAGGGAGGGAGGGGGUGAAUGAGAAGAAGGAAUGACUGGUCUAGCAACGCUGGUUAACUAGAAUGUGGUGGAUUCCAAACUUACAUACAUUUAAAGGAAAAUAAAACAGGGAAAACAAAAAAAAGGGGACUGCAAAAAAAUCUUGACUGGAUUUUGUUUUUGUACGAUUUCUCCUGGCAUCCAUUGCUGAACAAAAGAGCGAAGUCAUAGCUCCAUCAUGGAUAUCGGUGGUUUGGAGACAGUGGUGGCCAACUCGGCCUAUGUGGCAGCUCGUGGAAGUGUGGAUGGCGGCGCAGCAGCCACCAUGCGAGACAAGAAGAUGCGUGCCAAGCUGUAUCUACCCCACAUCAAGCAGUGCGAGAACAUGAAGACUACAGUAGACUCAGCCUUCGACAGCAUGUGCGUUAAACAGCCUAUUGGCAAGCGUCUCUUUCAGCAGUACCUGGAAAGCGAGGCCACCCAUAAGCCUUCCUGUGAACUGUGGAAGGACAUGGAGGACUACAAUGUCUCGGACGAGAAGGAUCGAAAGCAGAAGGCCCAGAAGAUUGUCAACAAGUUUUAUGAUUCUGCCUCCAAGACCUUCUGCAAAUUCCUAGAGGAAAAGGCCAUCGCCCGCGUCAAGGCGGACUACACAAACAUCCGGAAUGACCUGUUCAAGGAGAGUGAGAAGCAGUUGCUCAAGCACCUGGAGACCAGUGCCCUCACUGGCUUCAAGAAAAGUAUGUACUUCCUGCGCUAUGUGCAAUUUAAAUGGCUAGAGGGCCAGUCAGUAAAUGAGGAGUGGUUCAUGGAUUUCCGAGUGCUUGGCAAAGGAGGUUUUGGGGAAGUGCAUGCCUGUCAGAUGAAGGCCACAGGCAAGAUGUAUGCCAACAAGAAGCUGAACAAGAAGAGGCUGAAGAAACGCAAGGGCUACGAGGGUGCGAUAAUUGAGAAGAGAAUCUUGGCGAAGGUGCACAGCCGCUUCAUUGUGACACUGGCAUAUGCCUUCCAGACCAAAAAUGACCUCUGCCUGGUCAUGACCAUCAUGAAUGGAGGAGACCUCAGGUAUCACAUGUACAACGUAGAUGAGAAGAACCCUGGGUUCAAGGAGCCAAGAGCAUGCUUUUACACAGCCCAGAUCAUCUGUGGUCUAGAGCACCUUCAUCAGCACAGGAUCGUCUACAGGGACUUGAAGCCAGAGAAUGUGCUACUGGAUGAUGCAGGGCAUGUGAGGCUGUCAGAUUUGGGUCUGGCUGUGGAGCUGAAACCCGGUAAAGACAAAACAAAAGGCUAUGCCGGAACACCAGGAUUCAUGGCUCCAGAACUUCUGCAAAGCAAAGAGUAUGACUACACCGUGGAUUACUUCACCCUGGGAGUGACACUGUAUGAAAUGAUUGCUGCCAAAGGACCCUUUAGGAUUCGUGGUGAAAAGGUGGAAAACACUGAGGUGACCCGGCGGAUCCUGAAUGACCCGGCCUCCUACUCAGAUAGCUUCAGCAAGGAUUGCAAGUCUUUGUGUGAAGGCCUGCUGGAGAAAGAUCCCACGAAACGACUUGGGUUCAAAAACGAUACCUGUGAUGAGCUGAAGAACCACCCCUUCUUCAAAAACCUCAACUGGGGCCGGCUAGAAGCAGGCAUGCUGACACCACCCUUUGUUCCUGAUCCAAAAAUGGUGUAUGCCAAGAAUAUUGAUGACGUGGGCGCCUUCAGUACUAUCAAAGGUGUGGUUCUGGACAACAAGGAUACGGAGUUCUACAAUGAAUUUUCCUCAGGAAACAUUCCCAUCCCAUGGCAGGAGGAGAUGAUCGAGACCGGUGUGUUUGGUGAACUCAACCUCUGGCCGGGGAAUGGAAAGCUGCCAAAUGACCUUGACCCCAACUUUGUACCACCUGUUGAGGCCAAGGGUGGGGCUUGUGUGCUGCUUUGAGGGGGGAUGGGAGAGGGAAGAUGAUAAAGGUUUGACCAACUGAAGUCAGUGGAUCAAAAUUAAAAUGGAAAUUUUCUAUCAUAAUAUUUAUGGACCACAUCAUACACCUUAUAUCACCUCAAAUCUGUGUGAAGUACCUUUGUAACUGUAAAAAAACAUGCAACAGCUGUAAAAUAGUUCACAAAAUACAAUGUACAUAAGUUAACUGACUCCUGAAGUUUUCCACAUGCGAUUUAUUCUGAGUUAAUUUUCCAAAAACCUUAGGUUGAAAUCUUCUGUAUUCUUGUAAAUUUUAUUUUUCAAAGAGGUAUAACAAAUGUGCACAAUGCAUGGCUACAAGCUUCUUCAUAUUGGUUGCUAUUUAAUUGGGAUUGUCCUAAAAGUCUUACUUUUAAUUUUUAAUCAAAGAUAAGGACAGAUGAAUCCUGGCCAGUAUCGUUUUACAGACAACAGACCAUUAUAGACUGUUACAGACAUACCAUGCCAUAUGUUGACCCGAAUGUGACUGUGCUGGCCACAAUGACACCAUGACAUGGCAAACAAAACACAACCUAUGCAAUGAUGGGAAGGGUGAGCUGUGGUUGAGAUGUGGUGUCUUGCUGUAACAUUAAAAAAGCUGUGUCUAGAGGAGUGAAGUACAUAGAAAAACCAAGAUAUGUGGAUACAUGUAAAGGUAAAGCAAGUUUCAUGUCAUGUAAAACAGUUUUAAAAAUGCAGUGAUUUCAAGUAUUUAGGACCUUCUUUGUACUUUUAGUCUAAUGAUUUGUACUUUAGAGGGUCAAAUGAUUACGAAGUGAAGCCAUGGUUUCCAGAGAGAACAAUAAUGGUAAAUAUCAGCAGAUAAAACCUAUUCGUUCUUUUGAAGCCUAAUGUGGCAUUAAUGGAUUCAUGGAAAGGACAUUGUUUAAUUAGUUAUGAAACAGGAGUGAAGCGUACUGAAAUCUGAGAUGCAAUUUGAAAUGCUUGUCAGACAGUGUUCACUUUCUGAAAGGAAAGUUUUCUAUCAUAAGUAUUGACAAAAAUAUAAUAAUAAAUUAGGCAAAUUAGCAAAUACCUCCUAAAUGAAAGUCUAUUAGGUUAAUGCAUUUGCAAAUUUGAAGACAAUAUAUGUUGGAUUUCCGGUUUUUGUUUAUUUGGUUGCAAAUUAUGUUAAAUAAUGAAUACAUAUUUUAUUUGCAGAAAGAUGACACUCCAUUUAGAGUUUCUGAAAUAGUUUUGUGCAAUGGCAGGCUCUAUUGUUAGAAUACAUUGUCUGUAGUUAUAGUACAGAUUGCAUAGGACUGAAUUUGCAAGGUAUAUGCUAUUGGUUCUUGUGUAUGUGACAGAAUUAUAUAAUUAAGUAAAACUAUUGUAAUUUAGGCUUUAUUCAAUAAAUAAUGGAAUCGUUAAUUUAA